CACCUUCCUGUUAUGAUCGCGACUCGUAGACCGCGGCUACCCGUCAGAUGCAAGCUCACCCCACCACCCCACCUUCGCGACCUGUAGCUAUCAGCGCGCCUAACAAACAGCAAAGCUCCUCCAAGCUCCCCAUGCGUGCCCUGCUACCUCAAAUCAGUCGUUCACUUCGACACACUCUACGUCCACGUCUGUCGUCAUCACCACCAACACACUCAGCGACUGCAACACCUUGCUUUUACACCUUAUCUGCAGAGAGCGGAAGCUGGACCAACGUGCACAAGAUGGCGAUUGCCGAAAACUACGAAGAGGUGCUAAAGGGCAAAUACCCGGCCAAGGCACAUGCGAAGAAGGUUGCAGAGUGGAUCAUCGAAAAGGGUGGAGACAAGAACGGAACUAUUUAUCUGGAAGCGCAGAAACAGAAGUUGAACGAGGACAACGAUGGCGAGGCACCAUUCCGUCAGCGACGGUACUUCUUCUAUCUCAGCGGCUGCGAGCUGCCAGAUUCGUAUCUCGUAUACGAGAUUGCUACCGAGAAACUCACCCUCUUCAUCCCUCCUGUAGAGCCGGACGAGGUCAUCUGGUCUGGUCUGCCUAUGAGCCCAGAAGAGGCCAAGGCCAAGUACGACAUUGACGAAUGUCUGACUACCAAAGACGUCAACUCUCACCUGGCGAGCCAAUCCGAAUCCGCGCAAUCAACCGUUUACGCUAUUCCGGAGCAGGUAUCCGACCACAUCACCUUCAUUUCCUACAAAGAGAAGGAGUUCAAGCAGCUGAAAAUCGCCAUCGAGUACUGCCGCGUCACAAAGACAGACUACGAAAUUGCUCUCAUUCGCAAGGCAAAUGUCAUCUCAACAGCAGCUCACGAGGCCGUCAUGAAGGCUGCGUCGAAAGCGCAGAACGAAUGCGAGCUUGAGGCUGUUUUUCUCAAGGCGUGUGUAGAGCGCAACGCGAAGAACCAAGCCUACCAUUCUAUCGUUGCUGCCGGUGAACACGCCGCGACGCUGCACUAUGUCAACAAUGCUGCUCCCAUCUCAGAUCAGAACCUUUUAUUGUUAGACGCAGGAUGCGAGGUCGACUGCUACGCUUCCGACAUCACACGCACGUUCCCCGUUAAAGGCAAAUUCACCACUGAAUCCCUUGCUAUCUACAAGAUUGUUCUAGACAUGCAACAUCAGUGCACCAACGCGCUCAAAGCUGGUGUCGUAUGGGACCACGUACACGAGCUCGCCCAUAAGAUCGCUAUCAAGGGACUCUUGGAACUCGGUAUUUUGAAAGGGGAUGCGGAGGAGCUUUUCAACAAGAGGAUCAGCGUAGCUUUCUUCCCUCACGGCCUAGGUCACUACUUGGGAAUGGAUACCCACGACUCUGGCGGCGACCCCAACUACGCGGACAAGGACGUCAUGUUCAGGUACCUAAGGAAGAGGGGAACUCUGCCCGAACGCAGCGUCAUUACCGUUGAGCCUGGUAUCUACUUCUGCAAGUUCAUCAUUGAGCCGUAUCUCAAGGACGAGGAGAAGAAGAAGUACAUUGAUGAGAGUGUGCUGGACAAGUACUGGAGUGUGGGAGGUGUGAGAAUUGAAGACAAUGUCCUCGUUACCAAAGAUGGGUUUGAGAACCUGACGCCGACGGUUAAGGAGAUUGAUGACAUUACUCAAUUGAUUGUAUCUGGACAGUAGAGCGACUCCAUCGCCGCAACAGUAGUCGGGUACAUCGUCAUGUAGCGUAAAUAAUGCAGUUGCCCCAGCUACGCGACAGUGGUCUUAUUAAGCAUAAAGUAUUUUGAUUG